AUGGAGAUGAAAUAUGAAGAGGAAGAGGACAAGGACUGGGAAGAGGAGGCUUUCGUGGAACAUGUUUCCAGUGUGGGGACGAAGGAAAUAGAGCCUGAGCAUCCCCAAAAUCAAGGACGGAUGAAUAGAAGACCUAAGGAUAGUGGUAGUACCAGUAACCUUAUUUAUGAGGAAAUGGUUAGUAAAUUAAAGUUACAAAUAAGAAGGUACCCAAAUCAUUGUUGGAUUGCUUGGUUGCAAAAGGACCAUAAGGCUUUGGUCAAUGAACAAUGUCUGGUAAAGUUCAAGAUUGGAAACUAUCAUGAUGAGUUAUUAUGUUAUAUUAUGUCUAUGGAUGUUUGUCAUAUGUUGUUGAGAAUACCAUGGCAAUUUGAUCGGCAUGCAGUACAUGAUGGGUACACAAAUAUCUAUUCUUUGACAAAGGAUGGAGUUCAACACAAGUUGAAGACAUUGAAGGAAAAAGAGGAAAAGGUAUGCAGUAAUGCUAGAAUAUGUUUAGUUGAUGGAAGAAAAUUUAUAGAUGGAAUGAAGCGUGAGCAUCUAUGUUUUUCUUUCAUUCCUAAAAUUAACAAAGUAGAAGUAGAAGAUAUACCUCUAGAAGUUGCAGAUUUGUUUGACGAGUUCCAGGAUAUUGUAUUUGAUAAUUUGCCUAAUGUCUUACCAUCAAUGAGAAACAUUAUUCAUCAAAUGGAUCUAAAUACUGGAACCAGUUUGUUGAAUAAGGAAACCCAUAGAGUGACUCCAACAAAGAGUGAAAAGUUGAACAUACAAGUGCAAGAGUUGCUAUAG